AGACGCUCACACAGCACAUGCACGCAGGCGCACACGCACGAAGCAGGCUGCAUCCUCGCUCUGUUCGCAUCUUUCACCCUGCUGCUCGGUUUUUCUGCAGCAGCUUCAGCGUAUGCGACGGAGCGCUCCUGAUCGAUCUUCUUAUCGGGGAAAUAAUCCAUAGCCGCAUGGUGACGUCACGCCAAUGAUCGACGGCGGAGGGUCGUGGAGGAGGAGGUUAUAGUGUACGGGCGCGUUUUACAUCCCCCGUUUAUUAAAACCGUCGAUUGAAAAAAAAAGUAGGGAGGAAAAACACUUGGGGCUCGAGGACGUUUGCAUUCUGGGCGCGUGACCACUGAAGUAGCCGUCACGGGCGCGCGCGGGAGGAGGAUGGACGCGUGAGGAGCCAGCUGUGGCCUGCUUUUCACAGCAACAUCUGGCCGAGGGCACCUAAGAGCCUUAGGGGAGAUGGAGGAGGGCAGCGGUGAAGGGGAAGGACCAAUGGUGGUCAGAGAGGGACAGGGCUGUCCUGACCUCCCCCAAGACUCAGGCUCUACUACAACUACCAACCUGUUGGCUUCUGUCAAAGAGCAGGAGCUCCAGUUUGAGCGGUUGACUCGAGAACUGGAAGAGGAGCGACAGAUGGUGGCAAAUCAGCUGGAGAAGUGCAUGCUGGAAGCCGAUUCACCAGCAGGGGACAGUAGCAGCUCCUCAGAGAAGUCGUUUGCAUGGAGAACUGCAGGAGAACCUCAGAGUGGAGCCAUGGAGAUCCCUGGAUGUCCAGUUCAACACCUAGAGACAGAGGAAGAAAUGUACCUCCCUGAAGUGGACCGCGGCUCCUUACAUGACAGUGAGGGCCCAGGAGGUCACUCCGCCCACAUGACCUCAUAUUCAGACAGUGGCUACCAGGACAGCAGUAUUAGUUACUUUAGCAACCAGAAUGUGGUCCGUUCUGAACCUCGAGCCUCUGUGUCAAGAAGCCCUAGAGCAGAGGGCCAAGCUUCUGGACAGGCAUCCAGCCGGGUGUUGCGGAGGAUGGCCUCUCUCCCCUCCAGGAGCCAGUCUCCCGGCUGCGGAACAGUUUCCCCUUCUCGCAUCUCCAUGCGAACAUCCCAAGGGAGUACAUAUGACUCUCCCAUCCUGUCUGAGCCCAAAUCACUAGCUGCUGUCUUCCCUGGCACAACCAUGCCACCAUCAUGCCUGUCGCCAACCUCACCAAGUGAUGCCAUCCAGGUUUUGGGGAGCGGGGUAGGUGGAGGACGACUGGGCUCCACUAUGUCCUUGAUCGAGGGAAGGGUUUCAACAGGGUCGCCGCUGCGUUCAGGAAUGACUGCUGUUCCACAGCACUACGGCUCCACUUUACCCAGGCAGAGCCAGUCCCUGGCUUAUGGGACUGAUCCAUACGGCUUGUACCAGAGAAGUGCACUGCCACGCCCCGACAGCCUCAUAGGACUUCACAGCUCCUAUGACGGUCAUGAGGAACAAAUUGACCCGGAGCUGAGGGCCGCCCUAUCCCCAGACUGCCAUGUGACGCCCGUUUUUGAUGAACGAUCUUUCCAAAGCCCCCUAUACCACAGCCCCACCUGUGACCCCUACAUGACAAAUGGAGGUAUGGGGCCGCUCCCACGGACCACAAGCCAUUGCGGCACACUGCCGUACCAAAGAAGUUACGGGCUUAACUCUGCGGCUGUGUUCGUCGACCCAAGCAGAGUUUGCGGUGAGCCUGUUUACUCCCGUAGACACUCUACAUUGUUGGACAGAGUUAUCACCCGAACCCCAUCAAUCGAGAGUAUUCACAAGGACCCAAGGGAGUUUGCGUGGCGUGACCCUGAUCUUCCCGAAGUCAUUCACAUGCUGCAGCAUCACUUCCCCUCUGUCCAAGCCAACGCCGCCGCCUACCUGCAGCACCUGUGCUAUGGGGAUAAUAGAGUCAAAGUGGAGGUGUGUCACCUCGGAGGGAUCCAACACCUUGUGGACCUACUGGAUCACAAGAUGCCCGAGGUUCAAAAGAGUGCCUGCGGUGCCCUUAGGAACCUAGUGUACGGCAAAGCCACUGAUAACAAUAAGGUGGCAUUGAGAAACUGCGGGGGCGUGCCCGCUCUGCUGAGACUUCUCAGGAAAACAACUGACAAUGAAGUUCGGGAGCUCGUCACUGGGGUCCUUUGGAAUCUCUCGUCCUGUGACGCCGUGAAGAUGACCAUCAUCCGUGACGCCCUGACUACCCUGACCAACACAGUUGUCAUCCCCCACUCAGGCUGGAGCAGCACCUCCCAUCGUGACGAGCACAAAGCCAAGUUUCAUUCCUCCCUUCUGUUGCGCAAUACCACUGGCUGUCUGAGGAACCUAAGCUCAGCAGGGGAGGAGGCGAGAAGUCAGCUGCGCUGCUGCGAAGGUCUGGUGGACGCGCUGCUGCACAUCCUCAAAGCCUGUGUCAACACCUCUGACUAUGAUAGCAAGAUCGUGGAGAACAGUGUCUGCACCCUGAGGAACCUUUCAUAUCGGCUGGAGGUAGAGAUGCCAUCCUCCCGUCUCCUUGGCAACCAGGAGCUGGACACUCUGCUGGGCUUCUCCUCCCCAGGAAAGGAGCUGGACUACCUCUGCUGGGGAAAGAGGAGGCGUGGCAGAAAGAGAGGCGGCUGGCCUGAUGGCAAGUGGGACAACAUGAGUCAGGUUCCUGGUUUCCCCCAGUCUCUAAGAGGAGCCGAGCUGCUAUGGCACCCAAUGGUGGUGAAGCCCUACCUCAAUCUGCUGGCUGAAAGUUCAAACCCAGCUACACUGGAAGGCGCUGCUGGCUCCUUGCAGAACCUUUCUGCUGGAAACUGGAAGUUCUCCGCCUACAUCCGGGCAGCGGUGCGUAAAGAAAAAGGUUUACCCAUUCUGGUGGAGCUAUUGAGGAUGGACAACGACCGGGUCGUCUGCUCGGUUGCCACUGCCCUCCGAAACAUGGCUCUGGACAGCCGCAACAAGGAACUGAUAGGAAAGUACGCAAUGCGGGAUCUGGUGAAUCGGCUCCCUGGCAGCAGUCCCUCUACGUUGUCAGAUGACACGGUGGCGUCGGUCUGUUGCACGUUGCACGAGGUCACUAGUCGCAACAUGGAGAACGCCAAAGCUCUGGCUGACAGUGGAGGCAUCGAGAAGCUGGUGGACAUAAGCAAAGGACGAGGGAAAGGGUACUCAAUGAAAGUUGUGAAAGCAGCAGCUCAGGUGUUGAAUACUCUGUGGCAGUACAGAGAGCUGAGGAGCCUCUACAAACAAGACGGAUGGAAUUACACACACUUUGUCACCCCCGUUUCCACUCUGGAACGAGACCGUUACCGUUCUCAGCCGACCCUCCCCACCAGUCCACUGCAGAUGUCCCCAGUCAUCCAGUCAGGCGGAAGCGCAACAUCUUCACCUGCGAUGCUUGGGAUAAGGAGACACAGCUCAAACUACCAGAGGGCGCAGUCAUCUAUGCAACUUGAUACAUAUUAUGUAGACAAUUUACACAAACGGCAGUACACAGGGUCUGAGAAGAAAACUCCAUAUUUCAUUGGAACUUACUCCUCUCAAUCAGGAGAGGACCUGAGAAGAUUCCAGCAUCCAGAGCCAUUCUAUGACGAACCUGACAGAAAGAACUACAACAGCUACAGAAUGUACCCAUCGUCCCUACAAGGCUACAGUGAGGAACAUUACGAGGAAGAACCGGUUCACCUGACGCCGUCCUCGCCCGACGGCUACGCCAGUCAGUCGCUUCGACUCCGAGCAAACACCAACUAUGUGGACUUUUAUUCCACCACACGGAGGCCUUCUAACAGGGCAAACAAAUUUACUGGCUCUCCUGACUCCUGGGUGUGAAAGAGGACGACGGUUUUCAGCUUUCCACUCUGUGGGCAUGUAGGUUAUGAACUUGUAUGAAAUAGUAUGGAAUGAUCAGUGGCUUGAUUUGCAGCUUUUGACUAAGUUAUAUAGUGGAUACAUAAAAAUGUAGGCCAUUCUUACAUUAUUGUAUCCAACAGCAGACUGUUGAAUUCCACCCAGCUCAACAGAAGCUUGAGAUACAAGGAAAUACAGUUUGGGUUUGGAAAAAGGAAAAAGACUGGCUAAUUUAAAUAUACAAUAUCCAGAAAUCUCAUGGUCAAAAGUAGAUUUUAGGCUGCAAUCUAAAAUGACUAUAUAAAUGAAAAUUAAACUAAUUUAAUGCAAGAUUCUACUACAAAAGAGGUGAGGUGUGCAGUUUAAAUCCAAACCCAUUUUAAAAACCAAACUAUUUCUGAAACCCAUGACUGCUAGACAUAAAUUCAAAUAAAAUGAAACUGUGGAUAUACUUUUUGAUGUGAAUUACAAAGACAAUGGAAGUGAUGAGUCAUGUUUGUUCUGUAAGUGUUUUCUCCAUGCUUUUACUUCAGCCCCUUUGACAAAAACAAUAAAAAACUUAGUCAAAAGUUGCUUCUUGAGAGAUCAAAAAAAUUUUUUUGUUAUAAAUGGAUAACCUAUUCAAAUGUUUGAGCCUCAGAAAGUAUUAAAAAAAAACAAAGUUGCUUAAAAAAAAUUGAAUAGGACAUGUUGACCAGGUUUAAAGAGGGGCAUCCUCAGUCUAGAGAACCUUCGAAGACUCUGAACUUCCAACUGUAGCUCCUCACUUUCUGUUACCAAAAAGUGCAGUAUAUCAUGAAGUAUGUGAAAUAUGUGAACAAAAGCAAGUGAGACUAUUUUAAACAAUGGUUUAACUGUCCUGUUCUGUUGUUGUAUGCGAUAUGUAUAACUUUAUAUGUGAUUGUGUAAAGAUUUUUUAUAAUUUCUUGAUUUACUUUAAUGAUUUUACUUGUGACCUGACCAAAAUAUGCCAUCUGUCUGUUCUGUCCAAAACUGUUGACAACGUGCAAUGUUACAGAAAAAAAAAUACACAUGAAAAGAUUAAAGAUCACAACUACACAA